GUUAAAACUCAGCAAGAUGCCUGCUAGUACAGACUGGAUAUUAUUGAUGGAGGUUGAUCCUGAGGUUUUGGGACAAGAAGAAGAAAACAUCAGUAAUAUGUUUUUGCAGAUCAACCCCCAAGAGCUGAAGGAGAAUGAAACAGAGAAAAUGAUUCAACUGUUGAGAAUCUCGCAGACCUUAUUAAAGAUGAAGAUGCAGGAAAUAUCCUGUGCCUAUGAAGUUGUCGACAAUGCUGGCACUGAGCAAGCGAAAAUUGAAUCAGAAUUCAAAGAAAAGAUACGGCAAUUGGAAAAUGACCUCAAGAUGGCACAGCGCUCGAUGGGGGGAAGAGACACCCGCUUCCUCCGGGAUGAAAUCCGCCAGCUGGAGAGUCACUUGGAGCGCAAAGAGAAGGAGCUGGUCCAGCUGGAGAAGGAAAUGAGCAAAGAGAGGAAAACAAAUGAGGAGUUGUGUCUGCGGGCAGAGGAGGCUGAAGAGGACAACAGAAAGCUGAGAAGAGAGACUGAGCAGCUCCAACAAGAUGUGGAGUUCUACAGAAAGGAACUGGAGCAAAAAGAUGCUCUCCAGACCAGAGAGGAGAGCAACGAUAUGCAAAAAAAAAUCAACAGAUCCAACCAGCAGGCCUACCAUUACAUGGAGUGCCUGCAGAAUUCGGAGGACAUGAAUGCCAUCCUGAAGAGUGAAAACCAGCACCUGCAGAAGAAUUUGGAGGAAUCAGUCAAGGAGAUGGAGAAGAUGACAGAGGAAUAUAACAAGAUGAAAAUUGUAGUCCAGCAGACAGAUGGUAUCAUGGAUCAGCUGAGGAAAGAGAGGGAUCAGGCCAAUCUGCAGGUGAGGGAGCUAACAGAGCAGAUCCAAGCUCGGGCUGAGGAGGACGAUCCUGUGAUGGCUGCAGUCAGUGCUAAAGUGGAAGAGUGGAAGAGUGUAUUAUCAGGGAAAGAUGCAGAAAUCCUUGAGUACCAGCAGAUGAUUCAUGAGCUGCGAGAAAAGCUGAGAACUGCCCAGACCGAUUCAGACAAAAGCAACAUCCUUAUCCUGCAGCAGGCUGUACAGGACAGAGACCAUCAGAUCAAGCUGCUGUCUGAACGAGUGGAGCAGUACACUGGUGAAAUGGAGAGGAAUGCUUCGCUCAUAGAGGAGCUGAAGAAGCCAAUAAAAAAAGACAAGGGGCUCGGCUCCACUCUGCAGCAGCGGAAGCUGGAAGAACUGAAUAGCCGGCUGCAGGCAGCAGAGCGGCGGGCCAAGCAGGCGGAGCGGGCGGCCCUCCUCGCCGAGACGGACGCCCGCGACAAGGACAAGGAGCUGAGUGAGAGCCUCAGCCGCAUCCGUCUCUACGAGUCGGGCACGGCUGGGCUGGAGGCUGCCAUAGCUGAGAUCAAAGACUGCAAAAACCAGCUCAGGAUGCGGGACCGGGAGAUAGAGGCCAUGACCAGGGAGAUAAACCAACUGGAGCUGAAGAUCAACGACCUCCUGGAUGAAAACGAAGAGCUGAGAGAGCGCCUGGGGCUAAAUGCAAAAGAAGAAGUGGAUUUGACCGAGUUCCGGAGAUCAAAGGCAUUAAAACAGAGGCAGUACAGAGCGGAGAAUCAGGUCCUGCUGAAGGAGAUUGAACGUCUCGAGGAGGAGAGGUUGGAGCUGAAGCAGCGUAUCCGUAGCCUGGUAAAGGACAAAGGUGUCACAGUGGUCAGUAGUUCACUGCUUGAUGACAGUGCUGAGGAAGGAACUAGUAUGUCCAUUGGGGAGAGACCCAUCCUCCAGUCUGCUCAUGAGGAAGUCAAAUGGAAGAAUGACUUCCUGCAGAAAGAAAUGAAGAGCAAAGACAAAGAGUUGGAGCUGAAGAUAGCAGAAUCCUCCCAGUUCAAGGCCAAACUGAACGAGAUGAUGAAGGAGAACAAGCAGCUGGAGCAGGGCAUGAAGGAGAUCCAUCAGGCCAUCCAGGAGGCACAGGACACAGUUCACUCUCCCACCGCCCUCAGCAUCCCCAGCCUGGAGCGACUCGUCAGCGUCCUGGAGAUUAAGUACUCCAAUGGGAAAUCUGAUCUAAGUGCCCAUCUGAGGGCACAGCUGGAUCAGCUGACCGGUCGGAAUGAGGAACUGCGACAGGAGAUGAAGACAGCCAGAGAGGAAGCAGCCAUCUCACUCGCUCACCUGGCGAAAGCCCAGGACAAGAUUGUGCGUUUGGAGGGUGAGGUUGAGGCGGCGAAGCUGUCAGCUGGCACAGCCAUUCUCCCCAAGACUCUCCCAUUACCUGAGGAAAUGGCGCCACCAAGUGUGCAGAUCGUCAACUCUCUCAACGAGUACAUGAUCCACCUGUUACAGGAGAUGAAAAAUAAAGAAGAGAGUGUCAAGCAGCUCGAUGUGGCUUUGGAGGAGUACAAAAGGAAGUUUGCCAUUUUACGCCAUCAACAGGGGCUACUAUAUAAAGAGUAUCAAAGUGAGAAGGAGUCUUGGGAGAAGGAGAGAGACUUGUUUGCCGAGAUGAAGGCCAAAAUGGAGGAACAGAAGGAUUUGGAUGCAGUUAAGAUCACAGAGCAUAAUCGCUGGCUGGAGGCUAUGCAGCAGGACCCGGCUGAGAUCCGCAGACAGGUGUCCGAAGCUGCCCGAAAGAUGACCGUGCUCAGAGUGAACGAGAAGACCCUGAGCCGUCGUUACACUACUCUGAUGGAGCAGGAGCAGCAUCUGAGGAAGGAAAACAAUAGGCUGAAGGGCGACUUCACCCAAAUGGAGGUUGCAGUCACAGAGAGAGUUGGCUACCUCCAGAGGUUCAAGGAGAUGGCUGUGUUCAAAAUGGCAGUACUUCAGAAAUCUCUGGAUGACAGUGUUCCAUUGUCAGAGCUGGAAAGGGCAAACAAGCAAUAUAAUGUGCUUACAGUCAAAUACAGAGACCUCCUUCAAAAAGACAAUCGCCUUGUUCAGAGGACCACCAUGCUGGAACAUCUGGAGAGUGAGAACAUUUCCCUCCGUGAGCACAUUAGCUCUGUCACCAAAGAGCUUGAGAUCACAAAAGAGAAGCUGCACACUCUAGAACAAGCUUGGGAAAAUAACACCACUGGUGGAGACAGCAGCAUGGACAAAGCAGCGAAGGCUCUGGCCAACAGCGAGCUUGUGGCGGUGUCCAAGCGCAUCACCACACUGGAGAUGAAAGAGCUGAAUGAAAGACAGCGAGCCGAGCACGCGCAGAAAAUGUAUGAGCACGUGAGGAGCUCCCUCACACAGAUGGAGGAGCGCAACUCUGAGCUGGAGGACAAGUUUGCCCAGAUGGCAAAACAGAAUCUGGAGGCCCAGCGUGUUGAGCGGGAACUUCGAGACGAGCUCGCUGACAGCGUUAGUAAAGAAGUCAGUGAUGCAGACCGGCGACGCAUUGCAGAGCUGGAGAGAAGCGAGGCGCAGCUCAGGACUGAAGUGUCCAAGUUGCGGGAGGUUUCAGACGUGGCCAAAAUGCAGGUUUCUGCACUGGAAGCCAGGCAGAAGUCUCGAGAGAAGGAGGUGGAGAGUCUCAGGAGACAGGUGCUUGACUAUCAGGCUCAGUCCGAUGAGAAGGCCCUCAUUGCCAAGCUCCACCAGCACAUCGUGGCCCUGCAGCUGAGCGAGACAGCUGCCGUGGGCAGGCUGGAGGCCUCAGCCGCCCACCUGCGCGUGCUGGAGGCCCAGAAGCUGCGGGCGGAGCAGCAGCUGGACGCCCAGCGGCAGGCUCUGUGGCAGACCCGGCAGGAGGGUCGCCAGCGCGCUCGCCAUCUACGCCAUGCCCUGCAGGCACUCCGCAGGCAAUUCUCCGGGGCUCUGCCCCUCGCCCAGCAGGAGAGGUUCUCUAGCACCAUGCUGCAGCUGCAAGCGGACAGGCUGAGGGCCUGCAAGGAGGCACGUGGGGCCCAGGAGGAGCGUAGGACAGCAGAGGGGAGGGCCCAGGAGCUGGAGCUCCAGCUCAAGGGUCUUGAGGAGCUCAUGGCCACGUUGAAAGAUGCUAAAGGAGCACAGAAGGUGAGUGAGUGGCAUAAGAAACUUGAGGAGACUCGUCUGCAAGAGUUGAGAAAGAACCGUGAGCUGGUGGCCCAGCGAGAGGAGAUCCGGUACCUGAAGAACAUGGUUGCUGAGCAGGAGCACACCGUCAGCACUCUGGAGGAGGAGCUGGUGCAGCAGAACAACAUGCUGGAGGAGCAACAGUUGUCCUGGGAUCAGAGGGAGGUGGAGCUAGAGCGGCAGCUGGAAGCCUAUGAGAAGCAGCAGAACCAAAUUAUUGGCUCUGCCCAGAAGUUUGAAGAAGCAACAGCUUCACUGCCAGACCCAAGCCAACCUUUAGCCCACCAGCUGGACCAUGCUCUAAGUAAAAUUAAGGAACAUGUUCGCACCAUCCUGGGCACACAAGCCACCUGCAAAACUCUGGAGGAGAAGCUGAAAGAAAAGGAGGCAGCACUGUGGCAGGCAGAGCAGAACGUGCUGUCACGGGACCGUGUCAUCAACGAGCUGAGACUCCGCCUCCCAGCCGCCGCCGAGAGGGAGAGGCUUCUCGCAGACCUCAGCAAGCAGGACGAAUUGGACAGCCAGCCAGCGCUGAGGGUUGCCCACCAGUCGAUCAGCAACCUGCAGAGCCGACUGGACCAGAAAGAGGGGGUCCUCAAGAAGUACCAGAACCUUCUAGCCAAGGCCAGACAGGAGCAAGAGCAAACAGCCAAAAGGCAUGAGGAGGAACUGAAAAGCCUGCACCAGAAGCUGGACCUGCACACAGACAUGUCUCUAAAGAGCUUCAGACAGACAGCUCUGGACCUAAUGAAGAAACCCACCAUCUCCGUGCCAACCACAAAGCAGCUGGCACGUCUAGCUGAAAUGGAGCAGACGGUGGCGGAGCAGGACACAUCCCUUUCAUCUUUGACACUCAAGCUGAAAGAGCUGACUGCUGAGCUGGACAAAGAGAGACAGCUCACAGCUUCACAGGCCCAAGAGCACAUGGCACAAAUGGCCAAGCUGGAGAACAGACAUGCUUCUCAGAUGAAGACUGUCUCUCGGGAGGCAGAAGAGCUGAGAGCCCAGGUGUCCCGGAUGGAGAAAGAGUUGCAGUACCUGCACACCGAGCUGGAGGUGCAGAAAGAAGCUAACAUGCGCUCGCCAAGUAACACCAUGAAGAACCUUGUUGAGCGGCUAAAGGCCCAACUGGCCCUCAAGGAGAAGCAGCAGAAGGCUCUCAGCAAAGCUCUGUUGGACCUUCGGGCCGAGAUGACAUCCCACGCUGAGCAGCAGAUCAUUGCAAAUGCAGCCCAGAAGGAGGAGUCUCUCAACAUUCAGCAGAUCGUGGACAAGCAAACCAAAGAGCUCAUGAGCCGUGUGAAGGAACAGAGCGAGGAGCUGCACAGCAUGAAGGAGACCAUGCGAGCAGGGAAAGCUCGAGAGAGCUCCCUGAAGGAGGAGCUGGAGAGCCUCAGCAAGGAGCUGCAGAGGAGCCAGAAGAGCCAGAGCAGACUGCAGAAAGAGAGAGAAGCUCUGGAAGAACAGCUGGACGAGCUCAAGCAGAAAGUGAAGAGGCUCAGCAGUGGUUUUCAGGGUCAAACUGAAAGUGAGGUUAAGGGCCCCUCCAUAGAGAUUCUACAGAAGAAGAUACGCAGGUUGGAGACAGAGCUUGACAAGAAGAGUGUGCCAGAACCUGUUGAGAAAAAGACCACAGUAAAGGAUGAAAAGUCCCACAGAGAAGAGCUGGUGAGGUGGGAGGAGGGUAAGAAGUGGCAAGCCAAAAUGGAGAAAGUCCGGAACAUUCUGAAAGAGAAGGAAAAAGAAACAGACUCCCUCUCCAAACAGCUAGCCACUUUAAAAGAGCUCUACGGAAGACUGGAGCAAGAGAAAGUGGCCCUGCAAAAGAAGUUAAAAAGUCGUGGUGUAACAGCAGAUCAGGUUGUAGGUACACGAACCCUUGAGGCCGAAAAAGAGGUUGAGGAACUGAAGAAAAUAAAUUUUGAACUGGAACAGCAGAUGGAGAUAAUUAAACAGCAACAAGCUUUACCUCGAGAUGCCGCAAUGGAAGACAUGAACCUCAGGAACCUCUAUCUGGAGGAGAAGCUUCACUCUCUGGAGAGUCAGCUGGCAAGAGAGUCCUCAUCAAGGCCAUCUACAUCUGGCAGGGGUUCUGGUUCACCAUCACAGAGAAAACAUGAGCUGCAGAAAGAAAACCUCAAGCUAUCCACUGAGAACCUGGAGCUUCACUUUCAGCUAGAGCAAGCCAACAAAGACCUGCCACGUCUAAAGGCUCAGGUGUCUGACCUCAAAGAGAUGUGUGAUGUGCUUAAAAACGAAAAGACAGAGGUGGAAAAGAAGCUGGGUCAUGUCCGUGGAUCCGGACGAAGUGGAAAGACAGUUCCUGAGCUGGAGAAGACUAUUGUGCUUAUGAAGAGAGUAGUGGAGAAGGUGCAAAGAGAGAACGAGAGUCUGAGAAAGAACUCGGCCACCAACACUCAAGAGCAGCUUACCACUCUGGAGAAGGAACAUGAAAAACUCAAGGCUGAGUGUGACAGGAUGAAGGAGAAAAUGGAGAUUCAGCUGGCAUCAAAGCUUGAAUCAAAAACUAAAGGAAUGGAGAAAAUUGUAAUUGAAAAUGAACGAUUGCGCAAGGAGAUUAAAAAGGAAUUUGAGACUACAGAGAAACUGAAGGUAGAAAAGGCUAGUCUGGAGGUAAAAAAUGAGAACUUGAGGAUGGAGCUUGAGGAGACUAAAGAGAAGUUUCUAAUGGUGCAGUCCAAGGGGCCAUCCAUGGAGGGGGCAGACAGUAAGAGCUGGAAAUCUAUGGUUGUAACAAGGUUAUUUGAAAAUAAAAUAAAGAUGCUUGAGAGUGAAAAUGCCAAGAAAGACACACAACUCUCACAGCUCAAAACCCAGCUGACCGAGGCCCAUGAGGAAGAGCAGAAAAUGCAGCGCAUCAUCGACCAGCUGAAGGAACAAGUGGAACUCAUGAAUAUCCCCAUUGAAGCAACCACAGAUGAGGGACUUGCUAAGGAGUUUCAGACCAUUAGACUUGCGAACCAUCAACUGGAAAAAGAGAAGGCCCAUCUUUUACAUCAGAUCCAGAAAUAUGAAGAGCAGUAUGGAACCAGCUUGGAUGGACCAGCAUAUAAAGACCUUCAGACAAAAUUAGAGGCAGUCAAUGCUGAAAAGUGUCAGCUGCAGGAAGAAGUGACUAAAAUGAGCAAAGAGCUGGCGAACUUUGACCCAGCAUUCUUUGAGGAGCUUGAAGAUCUGAAGUUCAAUUAUAAUGUGGAGGUAAAGAAAAACAUAAUUCUGGAGGAACAGCUGAAAAAACUUUCAGAGCAAUUUGGAGUACCAGUGGACAUCCCAACACAUGGGUCGUUUAGCUAAUGCAGAACAUGUGUGACUUUGCAAUGUACAUCUGUUAAAACUUGGUACACAGACGUUAUGGGAGAUGGAUGACGUAAUGUUUUUACAGUCAAUUUAUUUUUGUGAUAUAUUUAUGUACAUUGUAAAUUCUUUUUUUUUAAACUAGAAAGAUGCAUGUUUUUCUGUGAUGGUUAGUUGUGGCCUUAUUAAUUUGCUUUAGUAUAUGUUGAUUUAGAAUUAAUAGGUUUGUUGCAUGUGUAGUACUGUAACCAUCAUUGCCUCAGUCAGACUGAAUAGAGCUACAUGUUUUGGUUGUCAACUUCCCACUGUUAAAUUAAUAACUAUUACUUCAAACUGUUAAAACUAUUUUAUUACAUCAGUUUACAUGGGGGUAGAUGACUCAGUUCAUUUAUGUAUUUCGUUUAAAUAGUAUCAUCACCACACCUAAUGUUCAUCAAAUACUUUAUUUUUUUGACAUCCCAAUGAGUUCCAUGUGUUUGCUUUAUCAGUGCUGAUGGAAACGCUGACAAUUUCUACCAUUUUCCCCUCUUAAAAUUGAGAGUGAAUGAAUCCACAGUUUUAGGUUAGGCACUUGAUGGCUAUGCAGAGAUAUCAUUAAUUGCCUUUAAAUAUGUUUUGUGAAGAAUUGCAAUAGACAACUUUCAGAUCUUGGUAACAUUUAAGGGUUGGCAGAGAUGAACCAAUGUAAAUUAAAAAUGAACCAUUGAAGUAGGAA